AUGGUUACAAUUAUUGUACUAGGGGCAGGCGUCGUUGGUCUCACAACUGCCAUUGAACUUAAGAAAUGGGACCCAAGUUUGGAUAUUACUAUCGCAGCACACCACUUUCCUGGAGAUCUUGACCCCUUUUACACUUCACCAUGGGCAGGUGCCAACUGGCAAUCGUUUGCCACUGGUCAAGAUGUUGAACUACAAAAAAUUGAUAAACCAGGCUACGAUAAGUUUAUGCGGUUAGCUAAUAAUGAUCCAAGAGCAGGUGUUUGGAUUGUUGACGACACAUCGUACUACACAAAUUAUGAAGUAGCUGCAGCCAAGGGUAACUUUCUGAGUUUCAUUCCCUGGUACAAGAACUUCGUUAAAGGAUUCAAAAUACUCGAGGAGGAUGACAUUCCAUUUGACGAUAUUUCUUUUGGCACCACGUUCAAAGGUGUCGUCAUAUCUGUUCCAAUAUACCUUUCUUACUUGGUUCAACAAAAUAAAGAAUUAGGAAACAAAUUCAAAAAAGUCCCCUAUAUCAAAAACAUCAAUGAGGCAAGAACUGUCACAGAUCAUCCCGAUUAUGUCAUUAAUGCAACUGGGUUGGGGGCUACUAAAAUUAAUGGAGUAGUUGACAAGAAAGAGAACUUUCCUGUCAAGGGUCAAACGCUUUUAGUAAAAAACAAUGCCAAAUCAACUAUCUCCGUCCAAGGAUUCCCCGGGUUACCUAACGAGAUGCUUUAUGUUAUGCCGAGACGGGAUGGUGGCUCAAUUAUUGGCGGAUGUUUUAGACCAGAAGACGAAUCCACUGAGGAAGACAAGGAUUUGACAGCGAGAUUGAUAAGGAGAGCAACCAAAUAUGUACCCGAAUUGGUGGAUCCCAAAUUUAAGAAUAAUCCAGCGACGAUUGUGAUUGAAAGAGUUAAUAUAGGUUUCAGACCAUUCAGAGAAGAUGGACCAAGGAUUGAAGUAGACCCUAAAUAUAAGUGGUUGAUUCACGACUAUGGAGCAGGGGCUGGUGGAUACCAGGGAAGUGUUGGCAUGGGGCGCAAGGUAGUGGAAGUUUUGAAAAAGGAGUUAGGAAAUGUGAAAUCAAAGAUCUAA